CUAAAUUUAGACCUUUUAUAAAUACACCCAGAAUUCUACCCUGAACUGAUGCACCUUUUAACUGAGAGAAUCAUUCUCAUUCUUUGUAUAUAACUUAACAUGUGCACCGCCCUUAUAUACACUUGACUCUAGUAACGUACACACCUGUAUAUGAACACAAAGGCAGUAAAGGUUAACAAUUUAAUGCUUGAUUUUCACAGUAGGCCUAUGAGGGCAAAACAAUGUUUUGAUAGGAGGCCACACAGGUUUUCUGCCUUUUUUCUCCCUUGCUCCUAGUUACAGCCAUUGAUCUGAAAGAUUCAGUGUGAUUGAUUGCAUCAAGAGUCACAAUAUAUAUUCAGAGCAACAUCUCACUGCCAGUGUGUGAUUGAUUAUAGGAAAAUUGUGAUGAACAACCAAGAUCCUAUCGUGACUUAAGGUGAGGAAAAUACUGUGAGUAUCAGUGGGCUACAACAAUGAAUAAAAACACCAAACCAUAUGAUAUAUACAGUAUAUCAUGCUCAUCCUGAUAUCAUCUGCUGACUGUACAUUAUUACUUACAUAACUAUUUACCUACCAAAUGCAAUACACCCUAAAUUCUUGGUUUACAAAGUGGUAGGAGUGACACAAGAAAGACCAGAACGUCUGUAGAGAUAUAAAAGCACAAUCGUUGCUAAUGUUUCAGUCAAAGCACUAACUUCUCAUACAACGUUUACUUAUUGCUAAGUGAGCUUCUCGACUGCUUCUUGUAAAUACUCCUGCUAAAUGGUGGAAUGGAGGAAGAGAAACAAGCUCUCAAUGGCUCCGGAAAAGAAGAGGUUCCUGACACAGGAAAAGGACAUCGUCCCUUUAACAUGAAUCAUUACGCUACUAAGAAGAGUGCAGCACAGAGCAUGUUGGAUGUGGCGCUGCUAAUGGCGAACUCAUCUCAACUAAAGACAGUACUGCAUGCAGGACCUAAUAAAUCCUUUUAUAUUCCUCUCAUUUUGCUGAUCUCACUGUCCAUCGCACUGCAGAUCAUUGUUGGUGUCCUACUAGUCUUAAUUGUGAAGAAUGACCUGAAUGAUGUUGGGAAACAGUCAAGGCUCAACAAUAUGAAUAAUGUGGCCACUGUUAUUGUGUUCUUUAUUGUGAUCGUCAACAUUUUCAUCACAGCGCUGGGAUUUGAGUCGGGAAGACAGGGUGUAAUGACUCAUGCUGCAGUCUCUCAGACACAAACUGUUGUCUCGUUCACACCAAACAGCACAUAAGAACUGACAUGCCCUGCCUUUUAUUUCAUUAUUUAACUUAUUUAACUGUAUAAUGUUUACUCAACGUCUUACAGUACAUAACACCCUACUUAUUAGACAUUUCUUAAAUGUGAUGAAACACUGUGUGUCCUGUGUUUUUUGGUCUUUUGUGGACUUAACCUGCUUUAUUUUUAGUGUAAUGAAGUCAUUCCCGUAUAUGAGCAAAAAUGUCAUUUGGUGUUUUGUAAUGUUCAGGCAAUGCAUUAUG